AUGGAGAGAGAUCAUCACUCAUCGAGGAACAUGAAUUCUCAUAAGCGACCAAUUGUGUUCGCGGUUCGAGAUUUCCCACCUGGUCGUGGAACUCCUUCUAAUCUUCCUGAGAAGCCCUUGAAGAAUCCAAGAACCAGUCCAAAACCUAAAGGAUCGGACCUUGUUUCAAACAAAAGCCAGAGUUUAAUCCUAAAGGAAAACGAAUCUGUAUGGAACAUGAUCCUACACCUCGAGAGAGAGUGCUUGAUUCGUUAG